UUGUAUAUAAGAGGAUUUGCUGGUUAACUGUCACAUGAUCUUCAGCUGUUACAUUAGCAGGGGGUAUUUUGAAAUAGCUGCGGGCAAAUAGGAAGUGUUAUGGGAAAUUAGUUGGAUGUACUAUGCAGUCACCUAUAUAUAUGUAUUUAUUGAUAGAUCUGUAUCCCACAUUUAUACAUACAGAGCAGGCACUGCUAAAGGCAGGCAAUGACAACACGCUCUAGAGGAAUUACUACAUUAGAUGACAAGAAGUUCUCUCGCUAUGGAUUACUGGAUGCCCCUAAUCUUGUCAUUAGCUGCACUGAUGGGUAUAGGAUGGAGCGCCCCUUAUAAACAGGUUGCCCCCCUUAUCACCAUGGAGCAGUUGCUGUGGGUGAGUGGGCGUGUUAUUGGUGAAGUGGACACAUUCCGCAUCCCAUUGAUCACGUACACCCCUCGUGGACAUCUCCUGGCAUUCUCAGAGGCACGUAAACAUUCCGCCUCUGACUUAGGAGCUAAAUUCAUUGCUAUGCGCAGAUCAAAUGAUGGAGGGUACACCUGGGAUGAAACCACUUUUAUUGUUGAUGAUGGGAUUUCAAGGGACGGGCUAAACCUUGGAGCGGUUGUAGUGGAUGAUGAAACAGGUGGCAUCUUCUUGGUAUACACACUUUGUGCCCAUUACCUCCAGUGUUCUGUCUCAAGCUUAAUGGUCACCAAUAGCUCGGAUGACGGUAUAACCUGGAGUAUCCCAAGGAACCUCUCCCAUGAAAUUGGUACCAAAAUGUUUUCCCCUGGACCUGGUUAUGGGAUUCAGAAAAAGUUUGCCCCCUGGAAAGGAAGACUGAUUGUCUGUGGUCAUGGCACCAUAUCGGAAGAUGGGAUCUUCUGUCUACUUAGUGAUGACCACGGGUCUAGUUGGAGAAAUGGGGGAAAACUGCAGGGCCUUCCUUAUCACCAGCAAAAGAGGCAAGGGGACUUCAACCCUGAUGAGUGUCAGCCCUACGAGUUACCAGAUGGUUCAGUCAUCAUUAAUGCGCGGAACCAGAAUUUCUACCACUGCAGAUGCCGGAUCGUGGUACUCUCUACUGAUGGCUGUGAAACGCUUCCCCUGGAGAACGUCCGGUUUGAUGAACAGUUACCAGACCCAGCUGUAGCUGCUGGAGCUCUGUACAAAGGAGGGGUGGUAUUCUUCACCAACCCAGCUAAUCAGAAUGACCGGGUUAAUCUCACUAUGCGUUGGAGCUAUAGCUCCGGAAGUUCAUGGGAACAGGAUUCUAUCCAAAUCUGGCCGGAUGCCAGCGGCUACUCCACGCUCACCUCCCUCUCCGGUCACUCAGCAGAUCAUGAGAACAUUUAUGUUAUAUAUGAAAAGGGCAAGAAGGAAAUCACCGAGUCCAUUUCAUUAGUCAAGAUAAACAUUUACGGGCGAAUCUGAACGAACGCAUUGCUCGUAAUGAUAUCGGCAUGUUCUGCACCAAAGAGAAUUCUAUUUUGAAUCCUUCACUCCACACUAAAUAAUAAAUAAUUUUAUAGCACAA